UCUGGACCGUCAACUGCUGAAGGUGCAUGGAUUAACUUGGCAUUUAAAGUGUUUGAAGUGUUCGGUGUGCGCGAUGUCUUUGGGUCACCACAACAGCUGCUUUAUCAGAAAUAAAGAGAUUUUCUGUAAAACGGAUUAUAAAAGUGCUUUUGCCAUAAAAUGUGCUCGAUGUCGACAUACGGUCAGUGCCAAUGACUGGGUUCGGCGGGCAGGAAAGGAUAUAUACCAUCUCGCCUGCUUCGCAUGUAUGUCCUGUAAAAGGCAGCUGUCUACAGGCGAAGAGUUUGGCUUGGUGGAGAACCAAGUUCUCUGUCGCCUUCACUACGAUUUAAUGCUGCAUCACCUACGUCGUGUGUCAGACAGUGGGGGUGUAGCACAUUUGAAGGGAAAUUUACCGAUGGACUGCAUCCCAAAAACAGCGAAAAGACCUCGUACAUCCUUCACUUCAGAGCAGCUUCAGGUUAUGCAGACUCAGUUUAUCCACGACAAGAACCCGGAUGCACAAACCCUGCAGAGGCUGGCAGAUGUAACUGGACUGAGCAGAAGAGUCGUACAGGUUUGGUUCCAAAACUGUAGAGCCAGACAGAAGAGGAACGAAGUUCAUGAAAUAAUUUCUCCACUGGGCAGCAAGACUUCUGAAAUGCCGCUACUGUCAGAUAACCUUCUCUUCUUGGCCUCAGGUAGACUCGAGACUCACUGAGACAAAAGUGUCCACACUGCCCUAUGUUUCAUUCUCUUAACUCUGUUCCUUUACUCUAAGAUGUAUGUUUUUCUGUGUGUGUCAUUUGAAGUAACUGAAGUGGUAACUGUUAUAAAAGAAAAUUGUGACACAAUGUACACAGUUCACAAAAAGUGUGAAAAUCUAAACUGGCAUAAAACCUUGAUAACCAAUUUGUAAUUGUAAUUUUAUCAAUUGUUAUUUGUGUUUAUUUAAGUAUGAAAGCAACCGUUUAAAUAAGGCAUUAUAUGAUGAAAUGUUACCUGUCCUCAAAAGAUUUUAAAAUCACAAACUGCUCUGUAAAAACAGUAAACAUCUGUAUUUAAGCCUACAUUUUCAAUUAAAAUCAGUAAGGCCGUGUUCACACUUGACUUCUAUUUUGAAGCUGCUAGCGUUUGUUUUACAUUAUAAUCCUAUGGAGUAAACCGUGUUUUCAAAAAUAGUCCUGAGUGCUUUUUUGAAUGCCAGCUUCUUUUUCUGCGGCUCAGAGCGUCUUAUAGGAAUGGAAAAAGUUCAAAUUUUCAGAAAAAACCUGCCUUAUUUCAAGCACCCUUU